CACAGCUGCUGUAGGCUCUGGAUGCCACAAGGAAGUUAUAGAGCAGACACAUUUAAAGGGGAAUUACACUGCAGGAAAUGCACAAGGAGGGCAGCACCUGGAGUAAGUGGAUCUGGUGUAAUUCCCCACUCAACUCAUGACAGUGACAGCAGCUCUUUCUCCAAGAGGCAGAAGUAUGAAGUGAAGACGCUUUUGCAGCCCUCAAGAUGAACUCCACCUUGGAAGGGAAUCAGAGCAGCCCUCCUUUUUGCCUUCUGGCAGUUAACUAUUUGGAGACUAUCAAUUUUUGUCUCUUGGAAGUAAUGAUCAUUAUUUUUUUAACUGUGCUCAUCAUUUCAGGCAACAUCAUUGUGAUUUUUGUUUUCCAUUGUGCACCUUUACUAAACCAUCACACUACAAGCUAUUUUAUCCAGACUAUGGCAUAUGCUGACCUCUUGGUAGGAGUGAGCUGCCUGGUCCCUUCCUUAUCAUUACUGCAUUAUCCCCUUCCGUUGGAGGAGUCCUUGACCUGCCAAGUAUUUGGCUAUGUGGUGUCAGUGCUGAAGAGCGUCUCUAUGACUUCUCUGGCCUGCAUUAGUAUUGACAGGUACAUAGCAAUCACCAAACCUUUGACCUACAACACAUUAGUCACACCCUGGAGACUCCGAAUUUGUAUCUUGGUGAUUUGGUUCUAUUCUACCCUGGUUUUCCUACCUUCUUUCUUUCACUGGGGUAAACCUGGAUAUCAUGGAGAUGUGUUUCAGUGGUGUGCUGAAUCCUGGCCCACUGACCCAUACUUUAGCCUCUUCAUUGUGUUGAUGCUCUAUGCCCCUGCAGCUUUCGUGGUGUGCUUUACCUACUUCAACAUUUUCCGCAUCUGCCAGCAGCAUACUAAGGAGAUUAGUGAAAGGCGGGCCCGUUUCAGUAGCCAGAGCAGAGAAGCUGGGGACAUGCAGUCCUGCCCAGAGAAGCGCUACGCCAUGGUCCUGUUCCGUAUCACCAGUGUUUUCUAUAUCCUCUGGCUGCCAUACAUCAUUUACUUCUUGAUGGAGAGCUCUGCUGGCUUCAGCAACCGCACCGCAUCCUUCUUGACAACCUGGCUUGCCAUUAGCAACAGUUUCUGCAAUUGUGUCAUUUACAGUCUCUCCAACAGUGUUUUCCAAAAAGGACUGAAGAGACUCUCUGGGGCAGUGUGUACCUCUUGUGUAAGGCCAACAGCAGCCAAGGACUCUUGUCCUAAGAGUAAAGGGGGCCAUGUCUGAAAUGACUCUCAGCAUGCUUGUGUUACUGGUGUUUCUUAGUUAGAAAAUUGGGAACAAAAAUCAUAUCAUCUUAACUUCUGUAUUUGAAAGAAGAUUUUUCUGAGCAGUAUUUUGGGGCCCUAAUAAUUAAAACAAUAAACAUAAAUUGUUGGAUACAAUUUUUAAAAUGUCAAGGAAAAUAUUCUGGUUCUCAAAUCAUGCCAUGCACAGCAUUUCUCUUGGGCUGGUAUGACUGCACAUGGAUACAGGGUAGCUUCAGCGUCGAUGGGCCUUCGUUUUGUAUGGCUUUACUGUGUUCUUUCCAACUAUUUAUAUUACAUGUAUAAAUGGUUUCUAUGGGCAGGAAUGUCCAACUGUGGCAGUGAAUUCUAGGAAUCCUUAUGUUUGCCAAAGUGUAACUUCACUGCAAGUUUCAACACUAUCAGUUGGGCCAAGGUAGGGAGGGUGGCAGAUUUUUAUGUCUUUCUCCCCUGAAGUGAGCGCUCUCCACAGAUUGAGUAAUGUGAUCCCUUGAACAUUAACUUUAUAAAUUUGCAAUGAGCCAUGCAGUAAUCGUGCAAUCAAGUCAUGAGGUUGAUGAGAAGCUGAGCUAACUUCAGCACUAUGCCCUGCUUCACAGCUCUCUAAAGAACCAUUAUACAGGGAUAUGAUUUAAUUUAUAGGAUUUGUCUUGUGUGCGUGGGGAGGAGGUAUGUAUGCAUGUGUGUGCACGCUUUGAAUAUUUGAAUUCAGUCAAAUAUAUCUGUUACAGUAAAAUGUAUUUUAAUAAGCUAAAAAACAAUUAUCUUUAAUGAUAUAGUUGGGGCUGCAAUUUUGAUCAUAUUGUUAAGUUAAACAGAUAUAUUAUAAAAAUCUUACCAGAAAUGAUAUUUGUUUUGCUUAUUUUAUCCAAAGACUUUUGAGACCUUAUCAAUUAGAAUAUCAGGGAAAAGAACAGAGACUGAGGGAAAGAAGCAUUUUUUGAGGCUUAUUUUAGUCAUAACUAAAAUCAGUGAAUACAACAGCAGCUAAUUCUUUUUUGGAAAUGUUCCAGGUCUGUUGCUAGCUAAAUAAUAUCUUAAAUGUUCACUUUGUGAAAAUGUAUUUAAGGAAUCUUCAUUUGAAAAGAAUAUGGGGAGUUGCUAAGCAAGGACUAAUUUUUGCUUGCUUGGAAAAAAUCUUGGUGGAUUGAGGUUCUUAGUUCUUUAAAAAAAAACUGUCCUUUUAGCCAGAGUGUUAACAAUUUUAAGUUUCAAAUUUAAUUCUAUUGACCUAUUUAUUCUAGAGAAUUGAUGUUGGGUGGUUUGUUAUUUAAAUAUAUAGUUGUUUUAUGAGCAAGAGAUUUAAUGGAUUUGUGGUUUUGUCAUAAAGAAUGUUUCCUCCAUUUACAGCAACCUUUCACUUGUUAGUUUUUAUGAGUUACCAUAGUUGAAGACAUUUGUCUUCUUGUAACCAGGUUUCUAUUGAUGAGCCCAUUUGCAUUUAGCUAUACUGGUGUCUUAGACAACAGACAUAUCAGCUUCAUUCUUAGUAGGGCCUCCUAGAGCUUUUGCUCUGAUGAUAUACCCUUUGAAAACUCAGGACCCCCCUCCACACUACAUUUCAACAUCAGAAAAGGACUUUGAUAGAGGAAAUAUUCUCAAUGGAGAAUAAACAUUCCCCAAGAAGUUAAAUGCUUUGUCAUAUUCUUUUAUUUUUUUAGAGGAAGUUUUCAAAGAGAAUAUUUAGUACUGCCAUUUGAGUAGAGAUAGUAUGAAUGAUGAUAACAACAUCAACUCAUUUUUCUGUAGUUCUUACUAUUAAAGCACUUUCCUCAAAACCAAUCCUGUGAGAGAUCAGUAAUGUAAAUUUUUUCCAAUUUUACAGAUGAGAAUACUGAGGCUCAGAAACAUAAAGUGGCCUGCCUAUAGUCACUUAAUGUCAUAAAAUUUAGUAUGUGUGAGAUCCAUCACUCAAAUUAUUUAUUCUGACUUUAAGACCCUUUCAGUAUCAUAGUUAUCUCUACCUGUAUUGAUGAUGUUCAAUGAGAUGAAAAGCAAAAAGGGGCAAAGGAGGGAGGGCUGAGAAUAGAGUAGAACACACAUCUGAAUUAUUUCACAGCUCUAAGAAAUAAUUGCAGAUCUUUGAUAAAAUUUGUAGGCGUGUGUGUGUGUGUGUGUGUGUGUGUGUGUGUGUUUUGGGGUUGUUUGUUUUGUUUUUAAGUUUUAUUUUCUACCAGCAUUCUUAGAGCCUUUGGGAAAAUGGCUUAUUUAUGUUUAUAAGGCUUUUAUGUUGUUUGAACUUAAUAUAUAUGGCAUGUUUCAAUUUAUAGUCUGUAUUAUGCUGUUAUGCAAAAUUAAUUCUUAAAUGAUUGGGUAUUUAUUAAAAACCUAGACUUCAUAUUCUUUAUUCUCUGUGGUAGCUUGCUUGCUGUUUAUUUUAAAUCUGAUUUUGAGCUUCUUUGCUAUUAUUCAAAGCUUGUCCUGAAAUCAUAUGUUGUAUUGAAAGUAACCAUAUGGAAUCAGCACUGAAUAGAACCCACGACCACCUUUUUCUACCUCCUAAAACAGCUAUUAUAUUGUACUCUUCGCACUCCUUGUUAUUAAAAGGUGACGACCCUGGAAGAUGAACAGCCACUGUCCUUUGCCCAUGUGUCAGGUAGAAAGACAGUUUAUUUAUUAAGAUAUGUGUACAAUGUGUUGGUGAAAUUCACAUUAGUAAAUAUUGAAGUCUUGAGAAAGCCAGUUUUUUUUAACUAAAUUUCACAACAAGGUGAUAGGUUUUCUUUCUGUUUAUGAUACUUCUCAAAGCCUAUAAUUCUUUUCUAGUAGAAAUGUUUCCUAGGCAAGAACUUAAUUCUGUUUAAUUGAAUAAACACUAGUUAGCCCCUGCUAUGUAAAGGGUACUGGGCUUAUAGAACUAAGGGAGAAACCAAAUUUAGUUAAGCUAGAGUUCCUCCCUGUUAAGGACAUGUGACCCUCCAAUAGGAUCAUGGAACUGUUGAGAGCAUUUAUCCCUUUCCCUCAUUUGUAUCCCUGAGGAAACUAAAACCUCUAGAGAGAAAAGAACUUGCCCAGGGUCCCAUAGGGAGAAGGUGACAGAACUGGAACCCAGCUGGAGCAAAUAGUGCAUGAUAUAGAUGUAAGAGUGGGUAACAUUAGAGCUAGUGAUGUCUGAGAUGGAGAAGAUAUUUACUGAUAGAAGGAAAUGAAAAUUUUCAUAGGACUGAUAGCAUUUGAGAUGGACUUUAAAGAAUGUAUAGGAAUUCAUUAGGUGGGCUGAAUAAAGGAGAGGAUAGAACCUUUUAGGAAUUUGGAGCAGCACAUAGGCAUAAGCAUGGAGAUGGAAAAACUCCAACCAUUUUGAUGAGGGCAUGAAAAAUCUGGCAGGGAGUAGGUUUAAAUAAAGAUGUACUUUGAAGGCUCUUGAAUGCUAGUCUAACAGGUUUGAGGGCUUUGCAUAGUGUGAAUAGAGGAGUGAUGGAUGGAGCAGAUAUAUAAGAGAAAUAUAUCUAGCCUUUAAUGAGAAUGGAUUGUUGAGGAUGAGUGUAGGUAGAAAAAGAUGUUAAGAGAUUCUUGCAGUACUCCAGACAGAUGGCAAGGGGAUCUGAUCUGUAUUAGCAGUGGGAAAUGAAUAGAAAGAAUACUGUGGAGAAAUAAGUAUUAAUAAAUAUUAAGUUCCAAGUAAUGCCUGAGUGAGCUGCUAGUCUCUUUACAACCAAAAGAUUAUUGCUUUUGAAAGUUUCUUGCAGUUAAUAUUUUAAUUUUUUUUUCUAAUGCCAAAUUUAGAUUCUGUAGCAGGUGUUAGCAGAAAGAGAAAUUAAGUUGAAAAAGGAAUUUUGAAAAAUAUGACUUAUAUUUGUAAAUACUUCAUGCAGUCAGUUUUUUUAAGUGUCUUCAUUUAAUGCCAUAGUCAAUAAUAUACAGUUCAAAUACCAAAUGUACUUCAGAGUGGAAAAAAUAGAUACCUAUAUGUGUGUACACACAUGCAAACACCCACACACAUACACAUAUUUUUAGAUUCAAUUACCUUCCUGGUAGGACAGUUCCUUUAACUUUAUAUAUUAUGUAGUUGCUAGGUCUCAGAAUAGAUAAGCUUACAUCCUUUGUUUUUGAUGAUUUGACAACACUGGCAUAACAACAUGGCAAAGUGUCACAUUCUUCCAAAGGAAAUUUGGAAAUAAAGUUAUGUUAAUGCUUUAUAUUUUAAAAUUAUUUCUUACAGUUUCUUCUAAUGGUCUUGUAAAAGUUGUCUUGAUUCUUUGAUAGUAGUGUUGGGUGACAGUAGUUAGUAAAGGGCAAUGUACCACUCAGCUGCUUUCUUGAAAAGGGUCAUCAAAUACAUUGAAAUAAAAUGGCCAUUUGAGAGCACUUUAAAUGGAAUUAUUGACUCUGAUCUGUAAAAUAUGUUUCUCUAGGUUUCUUUGCUAAGCAUCUGUAAAAAUAGUUGAAUAAUGUUCAUUAAGUCACUGGCAUCAAAACUUGAAUUUUCAUAUUAGAAAUAAUUUGAAAAUGAGGACCUGAGGUAAAGUCAGAGUUAUCUCUGCUAGAGUGGGUCUCUCUACCUUUCAGAUUAGGCAAAAAUUUUUUUAGUUUUCUCUUUAGAUAUAAUUUCCCCAUUUUCCCCAUCUUUAAAAAAAAAAAAAAGGCUUUCAUAGAGGUUGACUUGACUGUAGGAGAAAGCUUCAUUUAUGUGACUAUUGUGAUUUUUUUAAUCAAAAAAUUAAAACUAACAUGUGCAGUGUUCAUUGCAGUUCAUACAUUGUUGCAUAUAAAGAUUUGGGAGUAUUUAAAUACUCCCAAGUAUAAGAAAUUUUUCUUAAUAAUUUAGAAUUUUGAAAAAUAUAUGAAUCAUUAUC